GUGUUAUUGAACCUUUUUCGACUGUGAAAGAUUAUUAAUUUUAAGUCAGACUGUUUAAAAGAAAAUGAGAGUGGCAAGAGAUAAGCUAUCGUCAUACCGGUGGUGGUCUAACAGUGACAAGAAUAGCACCCAAAAUUGCUCGCCAUGGCUUCUAUCAACCAUAGCUGAACUAGAUGAGAAGACAGAAGCAAUGCUCAGGAUAAUUGAGGAAGAUGCAGAUACCUUUGCUCAAAGAGCAGAGAUGUAUUUCAAGAAACGACCAGAGCUAGUCCACAUGGUUGAGGAAAUUUAUCGUGCUCAUCGGUUGUUAGCUGAGGGAUAUGAUCAAAUCAAAUGUGGGUCCAGGAUGUGCAUUUUGGCAUCAUGGCAGUCUCCAUUGCCUUUGACAAAAUAUUCAGAGGAGAAAUUGAUCAUGAACUCUAUGGAGAAAUCCUACGAUAGCUAUUCAGAAUCCUUUGACCCCGAGUCUGAGUCUUCUGAUCUAUCAUCAGAGACCGAGGAUCCUGAUAACGACGAAGAGGAAAUCCAAAUCCAAGUAGAGAAGGCGAAAAUGGAAGCAUCAGGUUGCCUUAGCCUUAAAACUGAUGAAGUACUAAAGUUGAACGAAGAAAUUGAGCUACUGAAGGAAGUGAGCCGAGUCCAACAAGAGCUUAUAAUGCAGAAAGAUGAAGAGAAAAGAGAGGCAAUCAGACAACUUUGUAUAGCUUUGGAUUUGGUGAGGGAGGAAAACAGCAGGCUGAGGAUGAGUGUUACUAAGGCCUCUCUAGAAAAGGAAAACUUCAUUGAGCUCAAGACAUCAAAGAAGGGGUUUUUGAAGAGGCUCUUCAGCAGAUCUCCUAAAUACUAAAAACAACUAAGCACUAGUAAUUUAGCUAGUAUACUAGAAUGACAUACUCAAAGAUUAUACUACUAAUUCAUUUGCUAUGGUAG